CAUGGUUUACACUAGCACAAUCCCCUGAUGUUUAAGGUCCCCGAAACGAAACAAACUAAGAAGUAGGGAGUGAUGAGACGCCGAGCUUGCGUAUAGGAUCUCUAUAUUUUUCACGACUAACCUCUGACCUGCACAAACUCUGUUGAAUAAGAAAUGCUUGACGCCUUUACACACAUGUACACUCUAUUGUGCCGUCUCGUGAAUUCUUCGAUGCUACGGCGAGACCCGGAAACUUCCCACCAUGACUUUCAUAGUAGAAUGUCUGAGAAUCUAACGACCGGUCAGGCUCACAGAAUAUACUUUUGGACAUUGGAGAGACACCGUUCCUAGUCAGCCCAUGUUUUAUGCGUUAGAUGCCGACCUUGGUAGGAAAACGUACCAUACACAAUGGCCGACGUAAGCAACCAUCCCCAUCCUCAUUCCCAUCCCGCUCGUAGCCCUUCUGGAUAUCGGCCAGAGAAACCGUUGUCACGGGAAUUGUCUCUCUACAACGGCGUUUCAAACCGAUCGCGAGGUUGGAAAACAAAGAAGUCGGAAAAAGUCGAGGGAAUGCAGACAUAUAGACAGUCUAGUGUUGCGAGAUGGGACGGUGCCUCAAUGCUAAGUAACGGUUGGGAUAACCUGAGAAGGGAUCCCGAGCUGUGGUAUCAUGAUGGAAAUUGCUAUAUCCACCUCUACGGUCAAGGGCAAAGCCGUAGAGGUCCCGCGUUCAAGGUGUCUUUCUCCGGGUUCCUCAAGGCAGGCUGCUAUCCCUUUAUCGAUAGGUUUAUGGCUCGAGAUUCCAUAGUGACAACGGGACGUACUCAAGAAAACGGCGAUCCGGCGAGACUGAGUCGUAUCGAACUCUUUAUUCCAGCACCUGCUCUAGAUAAUCAACAAUCAUACGAAUACCACCUAGCAACCCGCAACUUCAUUGCUUACGUUUUCCGUCGGUCUAUGAUUGGAGAAAACUUGGGAGCUGCUUUAAUCACACUCGUGCAUAGCAUGCACCAGUUCCGCGUAAAGGACGCGGAUAAUGUUCAGGACCUCAUGGAUUAUCUGGAUGAGGAAGGCUACCUCAACCUCAGAAGCCAUCCAACUCACGCUAUAGCUAUAUUGCAUCUUUCGGAGGUUUUCCGGCUGAGAAGCCUCUACAUAAAUGCCUUUGCACACUGCUGUGGCAUGAAAGACCAAUUACUCGCCGUUCCAGAGUACCAGUUAUUAUCCCUUAAAACUCGAAAGCUCAUUCAUUGUGCACGAGUUGAAAUGAACCUUAGGCUAGAACAAAGUGCAAACUUGGUUGGAACUUUUCUUCGAUGCGAACUAGCCGAGACGCAUCUCUCUUUAUAUCCCGGAGCUCGAUCGCAUCUUGAAAAGUUUAGGUCUCUAUUGCACAACUUCUACGUCGCCAAGUUUGGCUCGUAUCCACCACCAUCAAUCGACCCCGAAACGACAAUAUUCGCAGCAGAUGUCUUCCGAAUCAUGAGAGCAGAUUUCGAGGCGCUCUUCCAAUAUCUAGUUGACGAGAGCGUCGACAACACUCAGAACAGUUCAUUCUUGGCAGCAGGAGGCGUCUGUACAUGGCAGAGUAUUCAAUUGUUUGACCGGAGACAUGAAUUUAAGACUCUGCCUCAUCCUCUUCCACUUCUCCCAAGGGUAUCGCUUGAGAAUAUUAAGAAAGUUGCAUGGCUGGAAAAACGGAUCAAACGGAACCAAAGACAGCGGGAAGUUACACGCUCGGCCUUCUUGAAGGCUACAAACCAGAGGGCCGAGCUUCUAAAAAAUGGGCUAGUAAGAGUAUAUCGCCAAUUCGAAGAGGAUUUAGCCCAUCCUUCUACUAAAGCAAGCAAGGUAGAAGAUUUAGGUCCUAUGGAUAGUCGCAAAGUCCGCUGGAUCCAGAUUUAUACGGUUUACCAGGCUCUACGCCAAGCAACUGAAGCUCCGCCUGAAGUCCAGGACGCUGCUACAGCUCCGUACCAUCUCUGUAUCUCAACUACUGAUUUACCACCGUGGGAUGAAGAACUGCCGGUACACCACCUAGUACGAAGGCAAACAAUUCAUAUUGUUCACAGUACCUUGCCAUCAAACAUAGGUUGGGACCCCAUGGGGUCAUCCCCAUAUCAAUGCAGCUUUGAGAUCAAACCAGAUAUUGAUUACUUCGCUAUCACACACCGUGAUAGAACGUUAAAUGAAGACAAGGACAAAGUUCCGCGGUUUCGUAGGACGGCAAGCUGGAGAGGGAGCCUUUCUAGAAGCCUAUCCCGAAGCUUGACGACUCGGCAUUCGUCGGCCAAGCUUACCAAACCGCAGAAUAGGACUGCGCAGUCACCUUGGAACAGGCGACACCACGAGAUUGUAAUUCAAGGCUAUGGCAACGGAACAAAUGGCAUUAGAGACGCUCUGACUGACACAGUACCGCCAAAGGCGCGUGCGACAAUUGCGGAAGGGAACUUAGAAUCCACGUCCCCUUCGCGUAAUUCCAGUACUUCUGGCCUACUGAGGAAAUCCGAAGAUGAGAGUAUCGUAAACACAUUAGAAACGUCUAUAUGUGAGAGCCAGGUGGAAACUUCUCCUCUCCUACGAAGCGGCAAACGCGGCGGCAGUAAGAACUGGCAGAGUGAAAAUCGUAAUAAUAAUCGCGAGACGCUACCGCAUCGUCCCGGAUCUUCCUUUGCCGCAUUCCGGCGAAAGUGUCAAGGGGAAGCCACCUCAAACACGACCUGCGGACUGCUUAGACGACGAUCGAAGAGUAUCGACGGCAGCUCACGAAAAUUUACCGACCCGGCGCCAUGUGGUAUCCGCAUGGUGAACAGUGUUACACCUCACAUUGAGAUGCCAGCUCCCCAAACCCCUACGGCGUGGAACCAUAUUAAAGUGAUGGAAGCCAAGGCUACCCAUUGGAUGACGAAUGAUAUCCAGCCCGCAUGGGAACACUAUAACGAUCUCGGCGGUCUGACCGAGUUGAGACCCCGGGGACCUCACAAACCGAUGCCAAGGUGUAAACCUACACGUAUGGUAUGCCCGUAGAGGGACAUUGUGAGCUAUGCGAAGGACCGCAAUUUGUGCCUUUUAUGGCGAAUGAUGAUACCCGCGCAAGAGAACUUGGUCUCAUAGUCAAUCAUUUCAAUUCAAUGUGCAACAGUCUAAACAAUGUCCCCAGAGUAGUAUGUACCUAAUUUAAAUGUUCAAGUUGGAGGAGCCAUUUUAAAGAGUACAAAGUGGUUUGAUAGGACACUUUAAAAUUGUACUGGAUAUAGCAUCAAAUAUUAGUUUGGAAUAAAUCUAGGUACACCAUCCAGCCAUGCGAUCCACGACAGGACUUGGGUACCUACCUAGGUAUGCUUCGUUAUUCAACCACAACAUUUCCCCUCAUACUUUUCAUACACCAGACAUGUUGUUUCUUUGCUCCUGGAUCUAAAAAUAAAUAAUAAAAAUAUUCAAAUAGGUAUCUCUCGC